AUGCGCAGAUGUAACUAUAGAAAAUGUCGUCAAAAAAUAUCUAAUCAGGCUUUUAUAACGUAUUGCGGUCACAUUUUUUGCGUUGAUCAUAAUCCUUGGGGUUUUAAGCCUGUGUCGAGUGGAAAUUUCUGUCCAUCCUGUGGUGAACCACUAACAGAAGAUUCACAUGUCCUUCAAAGUGAUUUUUUAUUGAUAGAAAAAAGGAAAACUAUGCUUUUAAAUGGUGUUAACCCUGAAACGGUUUUAGAAAUAGCUAGAGAGGCAUUGCUAUUUUAUUGGCGUCAAACAAUAGAAUAUGCACAAUACAUGGAAUACUGUGUCAAAAAAACUUUAGAUCAAUUUGAAAAGAGGGAAUUAGGCUAUAAAUCUCAUCUUAGUAGAUUGGAACAGGAAAAACAACAGGUUUUACUCCAUGCUGAACAAAGGGAAAGUUAUUCAGAAGAAAUAAAAGAUAAAUUAGUCCUAGCCAAUCAGCGAAUUUCAGCACUUGAGGCUCAGAUACAGACUUUAAAUGGCCAACAUUUGGAUUUUUCUAAGAAUAUAAAACAAUCAAUGAAUCCACUUAAUCAAAAGCAAUUCUUAGCAAAAGAGAAUUAUCUAAAUUGGAUGGCUGAUGCUGAUAUGGCUAAUAUUAAUACUUCUGUAUUUAAAGGGGCAGAAUUCUCAUUAAUCCUUGAUAGGCCAAAGCAUCCUACCAAAUCCUUGCAAAUGGCUCUUGAUUUUAGUUAUUUAGAAGUAUAA